AUGUUACUUUAUUUGAUUGUUUUUUUUCUUUCAUUUUUCUCUUGUCAAGCAUUACGUUGUACAACAAAUUGUUCAUAUUCCUACAACAGUUCUACACCAUUUCUUUAUCCUGAGAAAUGUAAUCAAAUUGUUUUAGCUGGAAAAUGUGAAGCUAUGCUUAUAUUUAUGUAUCAUUCAGGACUUUAUUUAUUUAAAUUAACAAGUGAUUCGUCAAAUGUCUUUUAUGAUUCACAUAAUCAUCGUCAUAGUACUUUACGAAUUACUGGAUCGAAUACAAUUUAUUUAUCAUAUUAUGUUAAUAUUGUUUGUAAGGAUAAAAAUGAUUGUGCUAAAGAUUUAGCAAUUAAAAUUUCGACAGAAUUAUCACAACGACAAUUUAAUUUUUCUAAUAUUCUUAGGGAAUUAUCUCCAUAUCUAUUUGCUCCAUCAUUAUCGCCACAGACUCCUCAAUUAAAUUGUUAUAAUUCAAUGGAAAAGGAAGAAUCAUGCAUAAAAUAUCCGGAAAAUGGUUCAUGUUCUUUGGAAUAUCGAAUAAAAACUAAUAAAAUAACACAAUCAUGUCAAAUUACUUCAUAUGAAAAUCAAGUAUCUGUUACUAUGUACAAAGAUCCCGACAUCGAAAAUUUUGAUAUUCUGUGUACUAGAAGUUUAUGUAAUACAAAAUCAACAUUAAAUGCAGUUAGAAGUAUUUUACACAGCUAUAAUAUUACGCUAACAACAUCAAAUGAACGAUCAACUGGUUUAAGAUUUCAAAUCCCCAUUUUUCUUAUGAUAACUACGACCAUUUUUGCGUUUUUUCAAAAACAAAUAUACAUUUCUCAUGAUCAGACAGAAUAG